ACUUUCUCGGAAAGAAGAGAGAAAGUCUCAAGAAAGGUUGAUCGCAACGAUGAAGAGGUACUUAUGUUGUUUCAAAGGAGAAAGCUCGAGUCAAGGCGCAGCGCGAAACCCACAAUCAUCGGGAGGAAAUCGACAACGGCCAUUUGGCGAUAACGAGUUCCUCAACAACGCGUGGCGCAACAAUCUCGAGCUCCCCGACGAUCGUCUUCCUCCAGAAUCUCCUCGCGUAUCUCCACCUCGACUUCCUUAUUUCACGUUACGAUGGGAAGAGAUCUUAGAAGGAACUCAAAACCUCGAUAACACUAACUUGCUCGGCGAAGGCAACUUCGGUCAAGUCUAUCGCUGCAAUCUCCCAAGACUCAAUCAGGUUGGAGCUGCAAAGAUUCAAAAGGUAGAGAACGAAGAGGCUAAAACCGAGUUCGAGGCGGAGAUCACAACGUUACACAGAGCUAAUCACCCAAACGUGAUCAACCUUCUCGGACAAUGUGUCACCGACGAAGACCGUGUCAUCGUCUACCAGUUCAUGCCUAGAGGCUCUCUCGACCACCACCUCUAUGCUGACACGAGGCCAGCUCCGGGCUUACAACAGCAACGAAAUGCGGUUUUGAGCUGGGAGAGGAGGAUGAGCAUCGCAUUGGGUGUAGCUGAGGCUCUGAUCUAUCUACACGAGGAGCUCAAGACGGUUCACAGAGAUCUCAAGGUUGCUAACGUCUUGCUAGACGAGGACUUUGUGCCGAAGCUGACUGAUUUUGGGCUAGCGACUAGAAUGGCUCAUGAUGCGAACGGCAUUGAGAAGCAGAGCCAGAUCGAUCCUAUCAAGGGAACUAUGGGAUGCAUCGCACCGGAGACAGAAGGGUCAGGUCUGGUUUCGAGCAAGUCUGAUGUCUAUAGCUAUGGAGUUUUCUUGCUCACGCUUUUCACUGGAAGGAAGGCUUUUGAUCGUUCGAGACCUGUUGCUUCAAGGAAAAUCAAUGGAUGGUUGAUGUCAGUAUGGACGAGAGAAGAGUACUUGCCUAUUGUUCUUGAUGUUGCGUUGGGCAAUACGUAUUCGGCUGAAGGUAUAAAGAGAUUAUUUCAGGCUGCUAGGAUGUGUAUGGACCCAAAUGUACUGGCACGGCCUACUAUGCGUUUUGUGGAGACGAUGGUUCGUCAAGCUGCAGCUUAUGAUGUCGCAACGCUGCCUCCAGUGCUGAGGAGGGAUUUGGUGUAGGAAGUUUUCAUCAGACGGUUUUAUAUAGCUAGGCUGCGCUUUUUUUUGGGUUUUAUAGCAUGAAAAAAACAUAUUAUAAUACUUGGAUGUGUAACUGAAUGAUUUUGCAGCAAUUGUUUCUAUGAUUUGAGAUA